AUGUCUGGUGACGAUGCUCACCGGAACCGCUGGUAUCGAGAACAGAAUUUUCCCGGCAGACAUUUGGCUAACGAAGAAUUUUUGUUUUCAGCGUAUUGGUACCGGCUACCCGUCAGUUUCGAGACGUAUCCAUGCGACACCUGCGGCAGACAGUACAGGAGGGUGAUAUCGUUGCAGCGGCACAAGAGACUCGAGUGCGGAAAGGAGGCUCAGUUCGAGUGUGUCCUAUGCCAUGCGAAAUUCAAGCACAAGCACAGUUUAUUGAGGCAUUAUAACGUUCACGUGGCGGACGUGAAGAAAUCGAGUUAUCGGCUGCAGCUCUAUCCGACAGAUAGCGAUACGAUCGAGAUACAGCGUACGGCCCCGGUAGCCUUGGAUGCAAGGAAUCCAGACAUCUUCGAACCUGUGCAAACGCCGCGUGGACAAUUAAAGUACAAAUGUCCGAAUUGCAAUCGUUUCUACAUGCGGACUUCUUGCUUGAAACGACACUUGCGAGUCGAAUGCGGUCAAGCGCCGAAAUAUCGGUGCAACGUAUGUCAGGGUUGGUUCAAGCACAAGCACAAUUUGACGUCGCAUAUAAAGCUUCACGUCAAGCAACCGUCCUAUCACUGCGACCUAUGCGCGAAAAAGUUUUACAGACGAGACAAGCUGAUGAACCAUCAAAGGAAAUUGCAUAAAAUUUUGCUCGACGGUCUGACCUAUUCGUUGGAUCAACCACUGCGUCGUGGUCCGGUACGGUGGGAACUCGCAAUGGUCCAAAUGACGCCAUACCAGUGUCCAAAGUGCUUCAAAUAUUUUAAAUCCUCGAAAUCAUGCUGCAACCAUCGAAGCACGUGCGGUACGGACAAGAAAUUUCGUUGCGCUUUCUGUGAUUAUCGGUCUCAUCAAAAGGGAAACGUCGUUCGGCAUCUUGCCACGCAGCAUCCCGAAGCGAAUGACACGGGCGAGAACAAAGCGAUCGAGGAGAACGCCGAUCUACCGGUUCAAGCUUGGAAGAUCCAGGAACAGGGGCUACCGUUCGCCGAGCUGAAGAUACCGAAGGCCUACAACUACGUUGGCAAGAAGCCACCGGGACAAUUCGGUUGCAGCAGAUGCGGAAGAUCGUACAUGAGGAAGGACUCGUUGCAACGACACGUUCAUUGGGAGUGCGGCAAGGAACCCCAGUUUCAAUGUCCCUUCUGUCCUCAACGAUGCAAACGGAAGGCUCACUGGUUGCGACACAUUCGCCGGCAACACUUGGACAAAAUCGGGGACAUGGAGGCCUAUCUGCUAGCUUAUACGCCGAAGCUCGAAAUCGACUAA